CAUUUUUGAAACAGAUUCCCACCAAGUUGAACUGUUCGAAUUUUCUUGAUUUUUUUUUUAGUGAUCAUGUUUAACCGAUAAAUGAAAAUCAUGUCUCUUUUAUCAUGCUUUGGUCGAAAAAGUACUAACCAUCAAUAUGAAGAAUAUAUUGAUUUUAUUGAUAUGAAUAACACGGAUCUAGUUGAUGUACCAUUACAUAUAUUUCUAUAUGAAAGGACCUUAGAGAAGUUAUUAUUAUCUUCCAAUCAUAUUAAAGAUUUACCGUCACCUUUAUUUCAUUGCGGUCAGCUAAAAGUAUUACAUAUAAGUGACAAUAGAUUAGAACAUCUCCCAAAAGCAAUUGGAUCUUUGGUUAAUCUUGUUGAGUUAGACGUGAGCAGAAAUUAUUUAUCAACAAUUGACGAAAAUAUAAAGAACUGUAAAAAACUUUCUAUUUUAAACUUAAGCGCCAACCCUAUUUCAAUAUUCCCUAUACCUUUGACGCAAGUAUUGUCUUUAGAAGAACUCUGUUUAAAUGACACACAAUUAGAAUUUAUACCAGCAAACAUUGGAAGACUUAUUAAUCUAAGAGUAUUAGAAUUAAGAGAUAAUAAAAUAUCUCAAAUCCCCAAGGCUGUUUCACAUUUAAUGCAAUUAUAUAGACUUGACAUUGGACAAAAUGACUUCAUCGAUUUUCCUGCUGCAAUUAGUGAUCUUUACGGACUACAUGAGUUGUGGAUAGACUCCAAUGAUAUUAUGGACAUUCCUUCUGAAGUUAGCAAUCUACACGAAUUAUGGUAUUUUGAUGCUAGUUAUAAUAGAAUUUCUAAAAUUGAUCAAGAUAUUCAAUAUUGUUCAAAAUUAAAAGACCUUCAUUUAUCAUUUAACAAUUUAAAAAGUUUACCAAAUUCAAUGAAGCAUUUACACGAUUUAGUCACAUUAAAGGUAGAUCAUAAUUGUCUGAAACAAAUGAAUGGUAUUUUUGAAGGUCUUCAGUGUCUAGAAGAACUUGAUGCUUCUUACAAUUGUUUAGAAACUUUAUCACCUACUGUUGGCUUAAUGAGAAAAUUAAUUACUUUACGUUUGGAUGCCAAUCGAUUAACCAGUUUACCAACAGAAAUUUGUAGCUGUAGAAGCUUAAGAGAACUUAGCCUACGAUCUAAUAAUUUAUCAAGUUUACCCGAUGGCAUUGGAAGCUUACAAAAUUUAGUUGUUUUAAUGUUGACACAAAACAAGAUAACAAAUCUUCCCCUUUCAGUUCUUAAGUUAAAAAAUCUAAAUGCACUAUGGCUUUCAGAAAAUCAAAGCAAACCAUUAACACCUUUACAAAAUGACUAUGAAGAUGAGACUGGAAAACAUAUUUUAACUUGUUAUUUAUUACCACAAAGAGAAGAAAGUUAUAUGGAAGUUAAAGAUCAAAGUCAUAAACCUCUUAAAACAAAUACAAGAAUCAGGUUCACUGAAGAUUCUGGCUUAGAAGAACCAGGAAAUUUAAUGAGAGUUCCUACACCACAUCCCAAAAAAAUGAGAGCAUUUGCAAAAAUGUUAUUGGAAAGGAAAAAGAAAAAUAAUGAACUAUCGAGCGAAUUUGAUAAACAACAUUCUUCUGAAAUUGAUAAUUGUACAAUAAUAGAUCAAGAAGCAGAAAAAAUGGAACAACUUUAUCAAAUGAAAAAUUGUGUGAUUAAACCAGAAAAAAUAUAUGAACCAAAAGUAAACACACAAAGGGUUCCACCACCUUACCAUAUUGCAGCAGCUUACUCAAAACAAGUAACAUUUUUUAAUAAUGAAAAUCUUAGCUGAAAUAGAGGUAAGUGAUUAAAUGAAUAAAUAUGUUUAAGAUAAAAACAUAGUUAUUUUCAUACGAUUAAAUUUAACUUAAAUUUCCUAA